AGGCAAUUGGCCAGGUGAUCCCACUGAAUUACAGCAGAAAAGCCGGUGAGAGAAGCUCGGCAGCAGCUGCCAGGCAAUGAGAGAAUCCAACCAUCGCUCCUUGAUGUUCACCGAAUCUCCAACUACCUGCAUCCAUCAGCGGUUACCAUUGACCAGAGACUGAACUGGACUAGCCAUAUAAAUACUGUGGCUACAAGAGCAGAUCGUAAAGAAUGGUUCAACCUGUGCCAGAAACAAUCAACUUUCCUGCAGAGGAAGAGCAGGUACUAAGGAUCUGGAAGCAGUAUGAUUGUUUUCAGGAAUGUCUGAAACAGGCUAGAAAUCGGCCCAGAUACACUUUUUAUGAUGGACCGCCUUUUGCCACUGGCCUUCCACACUACGGUCAUAUACUUGCGGGGACAAUAAAGGAUAUAGUUACCAGGUUUGCUCAUCAGAGUGGAUUCAAUGUGGAAAGGAGAUUUGGAUGGGAUUGUCAUGGUUUACCUGUGGAAUAUGAAAUUGACAAGACACUGGGAAUAAAAGGACCCGAAGAUGUAGCAGCAAUGGGAAUUGCUGAAUACAACAGGCACUGUCGAGGCAUAGUAAUGAGAUAUGCAAAUGAAUGGGAGUGUGCUGUCACCCGAUUGGGACGCUGGAUCGAUUUUAAGAAUGAUUAUAAGACCUUGUAUCCUUCAUUCAUGGAAUCUGUUUGGUGGGUGUUUAAACAGCUAUAUGACAAGGGACUGGUCUACAGAGGAGUGAAAGUUAUGCCAUUUUCUACUGCAUGCAACACUCCUCUCUCUAAUUUUGAAUCACAUCAAAAUUAUAAGGAUGUUCAAGAUCCUUCUGUUAUUGUAACUUUUCCACUGGAGGAGGAUGAAAGCGUUUCUUUGGUUGCUUGGACAACAACACCGUGGACCUUGCCUAGCAACCUUGCUGUUUGCGUCAGCCCAGAAUAUCAAUAUGUAAAAGUCAAAGACAACUCUACAGGAAACAUCUAUAUAAUGAUGGAAGCCCGGCUGGUAGCACUAUUUAAAUCUGAAAGUGAAUACGCUGUUCUGGAUAGAUUCCAAGGCGCUGCUCUCAAAGGCAAGAAGUACAGACCGUUGUUUGAUUAUUUCUUAAAGUGCAAAGAAACUGGAGCCUUCACUGUGCUUGUGGACAACUAUGUUAAAGAGGAAGAGGGUACUGGUGUUGUACAUCAGGCCCCAUACUUCGGUGCAGAUGAUUUCCGCGUUUGUGUGGAUUAUGGCAUAAUCCAGAAAGAUUCAACACCAGUAUGCCCUGUAGAUGCAUCUGGCUGCUUCACAGCUGAAGUGAAGGACUUUGCUGGACUGUAUGUGAAGGAUGCAGACAAACAUAUCCUUAAAUAUCUAAAAGACAAGGGGCGACUGGUACACAGCAGCACCUACAAGCACAAUUAUCCAUUUUGUUGGAGGUCAGACACCCCGCUUAUUUAUAAAGCUGUUCCAAGUUGGUUUGUGCGAGUGGAACAUAUGGUGGAUAAACUACUGGAGAACAAUGACAAAUGCUACUGGGUACCAGAAUUUGUCAGAGAAAAGAGGUUUGGCAAUUGGUUGAAGGAUGCUCGUGAUUGGGCCAUUUCUCGGAACAGAUACUGGGGAACUCCCAUCCCAUUAUGGGUUAGUGAAGACUUUGAGGAGGUGGUAUGUGUGGGAUCAGUGGCAGAAUUGGAAGAGCUGAGUGGAAUCAAAAUUGAAGACCUUCAUCGAGAAAGUGUGGAUCACAUCACAAUCCCAUCACACUGUGGAAAAGGUGUGCUGAAACGAGUUUCUGAGGUCUUUGAUUGCUGGUUUGAAAGUGGAAGCAUGCCAUAUGCUCAGGUUCACUAUCCCUUUGAAAACAGAAGAGAGUUUGAAGAUAGCUUCCCAGCAGACUUCAUUGCUGAGGGAAUUGACCAAACGAGAGGAUGGUUUUAUACCCUGUUGGUACUGUCUACAGCUCUGUUUGGCAAGCCACCUUUCAGGAAUGUAAUAGUAAAUGGCCUGGUACUGGCAAGUGAUGGUCAGAAAAUGAGCAAACGUAAAAAGAACUACCCAGAUCCAAUGCAUAUUGUAAACAGCUAUGGUGCAGAUGCACUGAGGCUGUACCUUAUUAAUUCCCCUGUUGUGAGAGCAGAAAAUUUACGGUUUAAAGAGGAAGGAGUGAGAGAUGUUCUGAAGGAUGUUUUCUUGCCUUGGUACAAUGCAUACAGAUUCCUUGUUCAGAAUGUUCAGAGAUUGCACAAGGAAGAAGGUAUGCAAUUCCUUUUCAAUGAAAGUACUGUUGAGGACAGUGACAACAUUAUGGAUAAAUGGAUACUUUCAUUUACACAAUCCCUCAUUCAGUUUUUCAAGACAGAAAUGGAAGCAUAUAGGCUUUACACUGUGGUGCCAAGACUAGUCAAAUUUGUGGACAUGCUAACUAACUGGUAUGUGAGAAUGAACCGCAGAAGAUUAAAGGGUGAAAGCGGUGCUACAGAUUGCCAAAGGGCUUUGGAGACCUUGUUCAGUGUUUUGUUCUGCAUGUGUCGGCUGAUGGCACCCUUCACACCAUUCAUCACUGAACUGAUGUUCCAAAAUUUACGGUACUUGAUUGACCUAUCCUCUGAUCAAGACAAAGAUGCACGUAGCAUUCACUACCUCAUGCUCCCACAAGUAAGGGAGUCUGUCAUUGACCAACGCAUUGAGGGUGCAGUUGCUCAAAUGCAGUCAAUCAUUGAACUUGGAAGAGUGAUACGAGAUAGGAAGACUCUCCCAGUUAAGUACCCUUUAAAAGAGGUUGUGGUCAUUCACCAGGAUUCAGAAGCACUGAAAGAUAUGAGAUCUUUGGAGAAAUAUAUUUUAGAGGAACUAAAUGUUCGUCAGCUGACAUUAUCCACAGACAAAGGCAAGUAUGGCAUUCUGCUAAGGGCAGAACCAGAUCACAUGGUGCUAGGAAAACGCCUGAAGGGAGCAUUCAAAUCUGUUGCAACUGCUAUCAAGGGGCUCCAGAAUAUGCAGUUGGAGGAGUUCCAAAAGACAGGCACCAUAAUUGUUGAAGGACAUGAGCUCCAUGAGGAAGACUUGCGUCUUCUGUAUACAUUUGAUCCAAGUACAGGAAUAAGUGCUCAGUAUGAAGCCCAUUCUGAUGCUCAAGCUUUGGUUCUUUUAGAUGUUACACCUAACCAGUCAAUGGUGGAUGAAGGAGUUGCACGAGAGGUUAUAAAUCGUAUCCAAAAGCUUCGAAAGAAGGCCCAUCUGGUUCCCUCAGAUGAGAUCACUGUUUAUUACAGCUGCCAGCCAACAGGAGAGUAUUUGGACAAUGUAAUUCAGAAUCACAUUGACUUUAUCUUGGGAACGAUAAAAACCUCUUUGAAGCCCUACCCAGUACCAGUUUCUGCUGGAGUGAUUAUACAGGAAAAAACACAGCUGAAGGGUUCAAAUCUGGAUUUGACUCUUGUGAAAGGAAAUUCAACUGUUAGUUCUCCAGUUUUGGGCCUUGCCUGUGCAUAUAUCAAUCUCAAGGUUUCUGUAGAUGGAAAAAAGCAAGAUGGUGUGAUACUACUGGAAAAUCCAAAGGGAGAUAAUAUUCUGGACUUGAUCAAGCUGAAAAAUGUGAUCUUCAAAAUAUUUAAGCUGCAGACAACAAAGAUGGCUAUCUAUCAUGAUAAUCGUGAGCUGACAAAUGAGACUGACCUGAUGAGUCUGAAUGGAAAGACUCUCUACGUGACAUCUGGAGUUACACCAGCAGAGACUGUUUUGAAGACUGAUACCCUGCUCUGCCAGUAUGUCAACUUGCAGCUGGUGAAUGCCUUGCCUCAAGAAUGCCUCAAAGGAACAGUUGGAGCUCUUUUGCUGGAAAAUCCAGCUGGUCAGAAUGGGCUGACAUACCCUGACCUCCUUCAUGAGACAGCCAAAGUAUUUGGCCUCAGAAGCAAGAAACUAAAAUUGUGCCUAAAUGAUACCAAAGCAGAAGAAAUUACAACUGACUCUUCAGUGAAAAUGUUGAACACGAAGACCAUUUACAUUCAUGUUUUGCCAACAACAGCUGAAUCCUAAGACCUGUACAGAUAUUUUAGCUUUUAUGAAUGCUGCAUUAUAACCAUGUCCUGGUAUUAAUGGAAACUCCAUACCUGGAGUUAAUGUGAAAAAAUUUAAAAUGUUGAUAUAAAUUGACAUAUCACAGAACUUACUGAAGAAGUUUAAAUGCUAUUUCAUAAAAUUACAUUUUGUUUGAUGUCUUGCAUAUAUAUUGGAUUAUUUUUCCUUUUAAGCAUGAGACAAGAUAAACUACAGUUGGAUAUACAAUACUUUGGUGUUGUGGUGUGGGUAGAGGUGCUAAGAGUAGGUUCACUCAUUCAUUAUUCUGAGUUCCUGGUCUCCUCAAUAUGUUAUAUAGAGGUGCUGGGCAGAGGCCAGGCACUUCCCCAUUGAAGGUUGUUGAAUCAUAUUGUUUCUAGCUGUAUCAUAAAUAACACUGGUGAAGCUCUGGAAGGCACCCUCUUUUUCAGGUGCUUUAUGGCCCUUGGAUUGGGGGAACAAAAUGGAGAGCCGGAAGCAAUCGCCAACAUGACAGUAUAUAGUAGGAUAGAUAAAAAUGUACAUCUAGAACAAGAAAGAGCAAACUCUGAAGCAGCAAAGUUCAGACAAUCUUAAUCAUCUUUUCUACAAUCCCUGUUGUGUAUGCUGGUUAUGGCACAAAAUUAAGGAGAAGCAAUAAGUAUAUAUUUAUUCCUAAGUCUUUACAAUAACAGCUUACAUUUAUGUGGAACCUAUAUUGAAAAUUGCCCUCAAACAUUUCAGAUUUAAUCGUCAAUUCUAUGGUUUGGGGUUUUCUCCCAAAACACAGUCUGGUAAUGGUAUUGUCUUUCCUUUCUCCCUGGAAGUUAUACCUAUUGUUAACAGUUCAACUGAGAUGGCAGGGUUUUUUCAAUGAUGCCACCGAAUAGUUUUGUAACAUCUUUCAAAGAAAGUGUUACCCUAUCGAUUGUUCAUGGUAUUUUAAUGGCCCAAAAAUAACAUGGUUCAGAUUUCUUGGCCUAUUGAAGAUUGCUUCUUGGAUACAACAGUUUCAUGCAGAUCAGUGGGUAACUUUACAAAUGGAACAUUAAGCAGGCCUCCACACCAUUGCCAGUUUGAAAAUACAAUUGAUCUUAAACAUGGUGUGAAUAGCAAAUGUGUUGGACACUUAUCCAGUAUAAUGUCAAAUAAGCAGUUUUGAUAUCAUCAUACACUUGCACUUUGACCCUUCUGCAUCAUUUGGUCAGACUUUCUAUUAUUGUAUUAACUCCCAAUGUGCAUCCUUUAUCCCAUGAAUUUAAAGAUCAUAACAGUGGUAAUUUUUCACCCUGACACUUUCAAAUGGCAUUGUAGAAAUGAAAAUGUUGCUUGUAAUUGCAUUUCAGUAUUUCCCUAAGAACCAUUGGAGAAAAUGUCUUGUUGUCUUUAACCAUGAAACUAUGCAAUACAAUCCCUCACAAAUGGACAAAAAUGGUUUAGAUAACUCUCAACUUGCAGCUGCUAUAGUACAUUUUGGAAGGCUUUGUUUGUUUCGUUAUACAGUUAUACAUGUGCCUAGGAAUUGUAAUUUUGAAAACUGUUAAGCCUUCCUGAUGCUUCUGUAAUAAUAAUUGCGUUAUUCUUCACAGCCCAUUAGGAAUUCUAGUGAAUUUGAGCUCACAUUAGGUUCCAAAAUUCAGGUUGAGGUUGUUGGUUUCUCAAUAUGUGAUAAACUAACUUGAAUAAAGAUAACAAUGUGAUGUAUCAAAAA